AUGACAGACGACGACGAUCAGGCGACCGGCUGGGAGUUCGAAGCGUUCAAGAAGGACUACCUGGCGAGGAGAUGCAGCCUGACACUUCUGACGCCCGUGCAUGCCCCAGGCGGAACAAUCAAGAUCGACGAGGCGCGCUGCCACCUCGUGCCGUCGCCCUCAGAAAUCACAGGAGAGCACACGGGCAUGCACGCACGAGGCCUGGAAAACCUCCCCGACAACCGCACCUCGACGGGACACGACCCCGCACUCCGGCGCGAAGCCAAGAACACCCCGACGGAAGAAGGCAUCACGGCCCACAAAAAGCCACUGCCGCGCCAGCCACGAUGGACGGCCGACGACGAGAGAGCCCUGGAUCGUGCUUUCCAGCGAGCAGAGGCACCGGAGAGAAGCUACACCCCAAAGGCGCACAACACCUCCCCCGGCAAGCGUCUAGUCCCACUGUGUGCACAGGCCGACAGAGCCGCCGAGGCAAUACCGCCAAGAAACGAAGCCGUGGAAGCGGCAAAGCUCGCAAGGAAUGCCGCUGAACCAUCUCACGAAGAACCGGCCGCGCGACGAGGGGGGGCCGAGACGGACUCCGACCACGACACGGAGCCCGGACCCAGCGUCGAGGAGCACUUUCGGGGCAAGCUGGCCAUCAAGAAGAUGUCAGGCGACGGCAACUGCCUCUUCCACGCGCUCGGAGAGAACACCGGCGAGAGCGGGGAAUGCCUCCGAGCCCUAAUCAUCCAGUACCUCAGAGAGAACGCAGAAGCCGAAGAAGACGAAGAGCAAGUGCAGGCCUGGCUACAGGAAAGCCAAUACCUCCAAAGCGAUCCGGGUCACUGGGGCGGCGACACGGCCAUCAUCGCUUUCACCCGCAUGAGGCAGCAGCGAGUCCUUUUGCACUGGCGGACGCCAAACGGCGACAUCCUCACGAGCGAGCGCACGCACUCGGACGUGGACGACGCAGCCCAACGCGGGCCGCACGCAGCACCGAACGCCACGGAAGUGAUCCAUCUCUGGUACAACGGCAGGGACCACUACGACCUGCUGGUGCCCAUA